AUGUCCGACGACCCUCACAACCACCUCGCCGAGUCCGGCGUCACGGUGCCCUCCGAUAGCGAACUAUACUCUGCCGGAGAUGAGCUCUCCUCGCCGCCCUCAUCAAAUUCGCCCGUUAUCCUCUACAAGCCUCCUACAGUAUGGUCGCUGGUACGAGGAGCCGCCAUCAACCUGCUGCUACCAUUCAUCAACGGCAUGAUGCUGGGAUUUGGAGAGCUGUUUGCGCAUGAGGCUGCGUUUAGACUGGGCUGGGGAGGCACCAAGGUCUUUCCUCUAUCCCGACGAAGAGCUCACCCCAUCGGACCCGGCAUCGAGGUUCGAGAAAGGUCAUACAGCCCUCGUCCUUCACUGAACGACCUUGCGAGCUUGGAGUGA